GUUGCUUUUUCUUACGUUACUCGCAUAAAUCUAUCCGCACGGUACAUAGAAUCCGGCGGAUGGAUGAAUGGAUGAGAAAAGCAGCGCAAACAGCAGCAGCGAAAGCGAUCCACCACAUCAACCACUCAUCCCAAACCUCCCAGAUCACAUCUCCCUCCAAUGCAUUGCACGAAUCCCAAGGCUCCACCUUCCUUCCCUAUCUCUCAUCUCCAAAUCUUUCCAUUCCACUCUCCACUCCCCCGAAUUCUUCGCAACUCGCUCCCUUCUCAACUCCACUCAGCAAUCUCUCCACCUCAACAUCCGACUCAACUCGUCUUUCAAUUGGUACACUCUAAAUCAGAGACCCCAUGUUGCUAAACAGCCUUAUUUGCUGACCCCACUUGCCGGAAUCAAGAAUCAGCCUGUUGGGGCUUGUUUUGCUGUGUUGGGGUUCAAAAUUUAUGUAAUUGGGGGGUCUGUUAAUGAGAUUGCGUCGAAUAUUGUCUGGGUUUUUGAUUGUAGGUUUGGCAAGUGGGAGAUUGGGGCUAAAAUGAGGGUUUGUAGGGAAUUCGCUGCGGCGGGGGUGGUAAAUGGGAAGAUUUAUGUGAUGGGUGGUUGUGUGGGGGAUAAUUUUGUGAAAUCGAGUAAUUGGACCGAGGUUUUCGAUCCCGCGGUUGGGGUUUGGAAGGGGGUGGAGAGUCCCGUUGAGAUUAGAGAUAAGUGGAUGCAUGCUAGUUGUGUUUUAGAUGGGAGGAUUUACGCAAUGGCGGAUAGGGGUGGGGUUGUUUUUAAUGCGGGGACAGGGGAAUGGGGGAGGACUGUCCCGAAAAGGCUUGAUUUAGGGUGGAGGGGACGGGCUGCGGUGGUGGGUGGGGUUGUGUAUUGUUAUGAUUUUUUGGGGAAGAUUAGGGGGUAUAAUGUGGAGAAAGAUGUGUGGAAGGAGUUGAGAGGGGUGGACAAGAGUUUACCAAAGUUCUUGUGUGGGGCGACAAUGGCUAGUUUAAAUGGCAACUUGUGUGUGGUGUGGGAAAGGAAAGGGGGCAAGAAAGAGGUGGACAUUAUGUGUGCGGAGAUUGAGGUUUGGAAGGAUAAUGAUGGGGGGUUGAGUGGAUCGGUUUUGUGGUCGGAUGUGGUACUUCGUGUUCCGUUUGGGUCUUCAGUAGUGCAUUGCGUCUCUGUGGAUUUGUGAGUUACUGGAUAUAUGCUGUUAUUCUAUGUCAUAUCAAUUAUCAAAUUAGAAUUUAUUGAAAGCAUAUGUACAUUGUACACAUGUGUGUUUUAACUAUAUCUUUGAUAAUUACUAAAUUGGAAUAAUAUUUGGUUUGCGAAA